CCAUGAACGGAGAAAUCUUUAACGCCAAUCCAACUGUCUAUGCUUCCAAACGCUCUGCCAGGAAAUCGAAGUUCGAGGCAGGGCAGUCACUAUGGAUUGACGAACAGUACCAGCCCGAGCUCAGCGGCGAGUCCGAAGUGGAGCCUAUUGACGAGGAUGAGAUAUUUGACUUGAUCCGCUUUAUUGCAGAUCCUGAGCAUCCUAAUUCCCUUGAAGAACUCAGGGUAGUAUCUGCAGAGCAGAUCAAAAUCGGCGACAAUCACAUCAUGGUCGAAUUUACUCCCACCGUGCCUCACUGUGGGAUGUCGACGUUGAUUGGGCUGUCCAUCCGUGUGCGACUGAUGCGAAGCUUGCCUCAGCGUUUCAAAGUGGAUAUUCGAGUGAAACCAGGAUCACAUCAGAGUGAACUUGCAGUAAAUAAACAGUUGAAUGAUAAGGAGCGUGUUGCCGCUGCUUUGGAGAACGCUGCCCUAUUGGAGACGCUAGAAAAGUGUCUAGAGCCUAUUGGAGGACCUAACAGCCGGUAGCAAGUAUGAAUUCCCUCGAGUGAUGACAUGACAAGAUGUAUCCAUAGCUUUAUAUUACAGGAUUGUAGCGCCUUUGUUCUACUUCAGUGCAACUAUUCUCAGAAUAUCAAUUCUCUUGCUCCUUCCCACAUCGCACUUUCCCCAUCAGGUUUCCUUUGGGCUCCCUCACCAUGUUC